UGAAGGGAUUAGGGCAAUAGGGAUGAGCCCUUCCGAAUGGAACGCAGGGUUAAUCUCAUUUUCCCGCUCCAUCGAUGAAGAAGGACCAAAGACUCGUGACGUAUUUCUUCCGCGCCUAGACAAGCGAUAACGGUGAGGAAAACAAAUGAUGCUGUUACGUUCAUCUGGCUUUUUAUUUUAUUCCCGCAUAUUUGCUUGAAUUUCUUCACCAGGACACACUUCACGAAGACCCUCAGUAUGGCUUUAAAAUCUGGAGAGGAGCGCCUGAAGGAGAUGGAGGCAGAGAUGGCACUGUUCGAGCAGGAGGUUUUGGGAGGACCUGUGGCACCUACAGUGGUUGAAGCUGUGCCAGUCGCUCUGGCAAUGCCAGGUGUACCCAUCAUCAGGCCCAUCGUUGGUACAAACACCUACAGAGAGAUCCAGCAGAGCUUGGAGGCAAGAGCUGCCACUUUAGUUGGUCCGCCACCUACAUUUGUUGGUCCUGCUAUACCGGCAGUAGCGCCUCCUCCAAUGAUGCGUCCAGCAUUUGUUCCGCACGUCUUACAGAGACCAGGUAAUCAGAUUCAUUCAUAUAUAUUCUUCAAAACUUUUGAUCAUUUAUGUAUUAAUGGUUACAUUAUUAUAUAUGAGGAGUUGUUAGCAUUGGUGGCGGAGCAGCAGGCAGCUGGGCUGCUGGACUCAAAGAAGGAGGCGGUCACAGAUGACAGCGUAAUCGGGCCGAGCAAGCCUGAGCCUGAGCCUACACAUGUGGAGCCUGCUGAUACUAGCACAGAAGAUAAGAAGAAAGGAAAACAGGAAAAGGUGAAGAAAUGCAUCCAGGUAGCAGCAGGUGUCUCAUGGGAGGACACCAGCCUAUUAGAGUGGGAAUCAGAUGAUUUCCGGAUAUUUUGUGGCGAUCUGGGGAAUGAGGUGAAUGAUGACAUUCUGGCGAGAGCGUUUAGCCGUUAUCCAUCCUUCCUGAAGGCGAAGGUUGUUCGAGACAAACGCACUGGAAAAACUAAGGGUUACGGCUUCGUGAGCUUUAAAGAUCCCAAUGAUUAUGUGCGCGCCAUGAGAGAAAUGAACGGGAGGUACGUGGGCAGCAGACCCAUCAAACUGAGAAAGAGUUCAUGGAAAGAUCGCAAUCUGGAGGUCGUGCGUAAGAAACAGAAGGAGAAAAAGAAGUUGGGACUGAGAUAAUUCAUCUGUUCUGAAACUGUGGACUUGAUCGGUGUGUGUCACCCAGCACCUAAUGUAUAUAACAGAGUAGGAGUCACUCACACUCCUGCAAUAGUUGCAAAUAAACAAGGGUCAGCUUCUUAUAUGGCCCUUAUUACUAAUAAAUCUACAUUUCUUUCCAAGUGUAUUAUUACACACAGACCAUCUCUCUGCAUGCUGAAAAAUCAUGCACAUUCUUUCACUUGCCGAGAGAUUUUUAAACAAAGUGUGGUAAUGAAACUGGUUUGGAUGUUGAAAAUGUUGGUUUUGUUUUCUUCCUCAAUUUAUUUUUAUUUUUUUUCAAAUCUCUUAGAAGCAACUAACUUUAAAGUUCAGGAAGGGAGUUACAUUUGUUACUGUAUGAGUUUGAUGUUUUUAAGUAAUAUGUGUAAAAAGGCAAAUCUUUUCAAUAAACUGAGGUG